AUGUCGUCCAUGACCACUAACGGCACCAACGGUGACGCCAGCGCCAAUGGCGAGGUGGACAUCCAGAAUCUGGGCUUUGUCGAAACUCCCAAGGUGGAGGGGGAGUGGACAGUCGAGAAAGCUCUGGAUGCCUCCCCAGGGACUGCGACCUCGGCGGGCUCCAGCUCACCGCUCCCGUACUUCCACAUGAUUGAGCGCCUCAAGACGACGAAGCGCGAGGGUUGGCGACGCUUCGGCAUCGAAAGAGGAGAAUCCAUUGCCGACCACAUGUACCGCAUGUCCCUUUUGUCAAUGCUUGCGCCCCCGGCCCUUGCGCCUCGGCUCGACCUCGCUCGUUGCAUGAAAAUGUGUUUGAUACACGACAUGGCCGAGUCCCUCGUCGGUGACAUCACGCCCGUCGACGGCGUGCCCAAGACGGAGAAGAACCGCCGCGAGGCGGACACAAUGGACUACAUCACCAAGACGCUGCUCGGCGGCGUGUAUGGGGGCCUGGCCGGUGCUGAGAUCCGGGAGAUCUGGCAGGAGUACGAGGACUCGAAGACGAUCAACAGCCACUUUGUGCACGACCUGGACAAGAUGGAGCUGCUUCUCCAGAUGAUGGAGUACGAGAAGCGCGGCCAGGGCAAGCUCGACCUGGGAGAGUUCGCUUACGUCGCCACAAAGUUCUCGCUGCCCGAGACCAAGGAGUGGGCCGAAGCGCUACUCAAAGAACGGGAGCAGUUCUGGGGUGCUCAGAAGCACGUUCACGGCGAGGCGGGCGUUGAGGGCGGUGUCAAGGAAGACAGGAAAGAGCAACAGGACAGCUACUACGAGCGCAGCUGA